GGAGCAGAUGACAUUGAGAGGCACUGGGGUAUAGUCUUGUGCGGGGCUCUCUGCGGUACGGGAGCUGUGCGCUGUUCCAGUUGGUGUGUUCCGAAACCCACGAUGGUGAAGCAAAUGCCGGUCACCCUUACCGUCCUAACUCUGAGUUGUAAUGACUUCAGUCUAUUUUGGUGCUGUGCGAUAAGGUGGCUCCACGAGUUGGCUUCGAUGUGCUGCUUUGACGUGACCGAGAGACGCCGGAGGCAUUGGAAAUUUGAAUUCAAACGCAGACUGCCAUAUCGCGAGCUGGCAUACCAACUUCACGAUGUAUGUGUACAGCCAAGUCAUUAUUAACGGCCGUAUGACAACACAACAACAACAACGGCCGUAUGAGUGGACUGUAUGGACUACUGGAUUUCAUGUUGGUGCACACAGUGUUUAAAAUGUGACAGAGGACGCAUUCAGCAUGGUUAAGAACAUCAGCCGGAGGAAGUUCCGAAAAUGACUCCGAAAUUUUGUCAACAUGGUUGUCGCACGCCUCGAUCUCACACUGGCUCUGUGGCCGCCCAAAGAAGGGACUCGUCUCCGCUGCUUAGACCGCUACCUUUCUGCAAUUCAUUAAAGGUGUGACAGAUCGGCCAGCUGGAUGUCUGCAAUAGUCCUGGGAGACGCGGUAUCUUUCUGGCUUGUGGCUAGAAAGAGGCACGGUGAGGCGCGAUGCUGAGCGUGUCCUUGGUGUGGGCCCUGCUGUGGCUGGAAGGGCUGGCCAUGAAAGCCCACGUUCCGGGAGACAUCAUCCUGGGCGGCCUGUUCCCCAUCCACGAGAAGGGCUCCAAGAGCCGCUGCGGCAAGAUCAACAAGGACCGCGGAAUCCAGAGGCUCGAGGCCAUGCUCUUUGCCAUCGACCGCAUCAACGAAGACCCUCAUCUGCUGAACGGCAUUCGCCUUGGGACCACCAUCCUGGACACCUGCUCCAGCGACAGCUACGCCCUCAACCAAUCGCUCGAGUUCAUCCGAGCCUCUAUCAACACGGUCGACGCCAACGCCUUCGAGUGCUCUGAUGGAGCCUCUCCCAAGUUGCGGUUCAGCAGCAAGGCCAUCAGCGGCGUCGUUGGUGGCUCUUACAGUGAGGUAUCUCUUCAGGUGGCAAACUUGCUCCGCCUCUUCCGCAUCCCGCAGAUCAGUCCGGCCUCGACCGGCACUUCGCUCAGUGAUAAGACGCGCUAUGACUUUUUCGCCAGGACAGUACCCCCGGACACCUUCCAAGCUGUGGCUAUGGUGGCUGUGGUGCAGAAGUUCAACUGGUCUUAUGUUUCUCUAGUGACUUCGGAAGGUCAAUACGGGGAGUCCGGAAUGAACGCUUUUCAGCGGGAGGCACGUGCUAAGAACAUCUGCAUAGCUGUUCAAGAAAAAGUUCCCCAUUCCGCCACUAAAGACACGUUCGACCAGAUAUAUGUGAACUUAAUGCAAAAGUCGAACGCCAGAGGGGUGGUGCUGUUCACUCGUGCUGAAGACUCACGUGGUAUCCUGGCGGCUGCCAAACGUUCAAACAGGAGCCAGUAUUUUUCGUGGAUCGCGAGUGAUGGGUGGGGAAAACAGGAGAAACUAGUCGAGGGGUUGGAGGAUGUAGCUGAGGGUGCAAUUACGAUAGAGCUCGAGUCGCGCUUCAUACCAGACUUCGAUGACUAUAUGAAGAACCUUACGGUAGAGGCUAACAAAAGGAACCCUUGGUUCAAGGAGUACUGGGAAGAUGUGUUUCAGUGCACAGUGCGGGAAGAAGGGGACACGUCGAACAGCUCGCUGCCGACAUGUUCCAGGAACCUACGCCUGGAUGAGUCGGUGGGCUACCUCCAGGAAAGCAAAGUGCAAUUUGUGCUAGACGCUGUGUAUGCCAUGGCGCAUGCGCUACACAGUGUGUGGGAAACGUUGUGUCAGCCUAAAGAAGAGCUUUAUUGUGAUGCCAUGCGUGAGCUGGAUGGAGGAGAACUCUACAAGGAGUAUUUACUUAACGUUACGUUUGAAGACAUGGCCGGCAGCGUGGUGCGCUUCGAUCAAAAGGGCGACGGCCUGGCACCGUAUCGCGUCUACAACUACCAGCGGCCUUGGAACAGCUCACGCUACGAAUACCGCCCGGUCGGACGUUGGCUCAUCUCGGACGAUCUUCAACUGAACCUAGACGAAGUGAUGUGGGGUCGACGCAGCAGAGAAGUGCCCAUCUCCAUCUGCAGCCACCAAUGCGGCGUCGGCGAAAUCAAGAUCGUCCAGGCUGGUGACACGUGCUGCUGGAUCUGCAACCGCUGCGAACCCUGGCAGUACGUACAGGACGAAUUCACGUGUGCCGACUGCGGGGACGGUCGAUGGCCCUACCCGCACAAACAGAGCUGCUACAACUUGACGCUUCAGUACAUGCGUUUUGACUCAUUGUUCGCCAUUGUCCCCAUGGUGAUCGCCUGCUUGGGCAUCAUCCUCACCCUGUGCGUGAUGACUAUCUUCAUCCUCCACAACGAGACGCCCAUCGUGAAGGCGUCUGGCCGGGAACUCAGUUAUCUCUUGCUGUCGGGUAUCCUCAUCUGCUACCUGAUGACUUUCGUGUUGCUGUUGAUGCCGACGCCGGCGUCGUGCGCAUCGCAGCGGUUCGGCGUCGGCCUGGGAUUCGCCAUCAUCUACAGUGCGCUGUUGACGAAGACGAACCGAAUCUCUCGCAUCUUCGACAGUGCGCGUCGUUCGGCGAGACGGCCGUCCUUCAUCAGUCCCAAGUCGCAAGUUGUGAUCUCGCUCAUGCUCAUAUCGGUGCAGGUGGUGGCAACGGUGGUGUGGUUUGUGGUGGAGCCUCCGAGUGUGCGGCGCGAACACCCGGAAGGAAAACGGAAUGAGGUGAUUCUCAAGUGCAAGAUCAAGGACUCCAGUUUCUUGGUAUCGCUCGUGUACAACAUGAUCCUCAUCUGUACGUGUACAGUGUAUGCAAUCAAGACGCGCAAGAUUCCUGAGAACUUCAACGAAUCAAAGUUUAUCGGCUUCACCAUGUACACGACGUGCAUCAUCUGGCUAGCCUUUGUGCCAAUCUACUUUGGCACGGUUAACUCCUUCCAGAUCCAGAUCACGACGCUGUGCGUUUCUAUCUCCCUGAGUGCCUAUGUGGCGUUGUUCUGCCUCUUCUCGCCGAAGAUCUACAUCAUCCUCUGCCACCCAGACAAGAACGUGCGAAAGCUAACCAUGAACAGCGCCACCUACAAAAAAGCGCCCACUAGCAGCACCUGCGGUACCUCCGCCAACCACGGCACCUGCGCCACAGGCAGCUCCGCCGAGCAGCUGAAGAUGACGAUUGCUCGACGACCCACAACAGGAAUUCCCGUAGAAGGCGAAGAGAAGGACAGUCUGGCCUCCGUCUAGUCCACGGUCAACCACUCCGCUCUCCAGAGAAACAUUUCGAAAACCAAUCUUGCACCUUCAAGCCCAAAUAUAGAAAGUUAUUUAUAAAUCUAUAUCUUGUACACGCCAUCAACGUCUUCCGUGUGCUAUCUAGGAACCAAGGCAUCGCCAGGCAACAAUGCAUACAAACGCAAGGUUGUGAACGUGGUUAGGCCUAACGAGGACGAGGAAACCUCCCAUCUAUCUGCUACAUGCAAGCCCGUUCGUUCUUAGCCUGAUAGGUUUUUGUAAAGAACACUUCGUCGAAGGCGACUCUUGAACUAUCCUGCCAUGCAGUGCUGCUGUAUGUCUUCGUUUCCCAACUCCAUGAACUGUGUUUUCGAAUGAAGCAUUGAAGAGUGGUGCAUCUUGGCUUCCGCCCGCGAACUUGCGCAACUCCCUCAUCAUUUUCAGCAUCUGGAUCACGGCACAAACAGCGCGGCCACCUCAGAUUAUGGCGCUAUCAGUCGAAAACUAUCUUAAUAACGUAAGGAACAAUCAGAGAAGUACUUUUUGUUCGGAAUAUAUUUAAUGAACAGUUCACAAACACUGAGAUAAAACGGUAGUUCUGUACAGUGCUGUAAAAGUGUUUCUGUUUUGAAUUUGGCCAUCAGAAAACAGCGGACGAAAGAGGGAUUCUCGGAAAGACUUGUUCCAGCCGCCUCUGAGCCUAGACCAGAACACAGUCGGCCUUCUUGAGCGUGUCGCUCAAACCCUUAACUAACUGUACAAACUUUCAAAGUGAAGCUGUUUGUCACUGUCCCAAGCGUCUAAGUCAACAACGACUACACCCAAGUCGCCUGCGCAUCCUCAAAAACCCUGCGCGUGCGGCGUCUGGGACGCAUACGGUCGAUUGCAUAAUGCACGACCUCGCCGCAGAACUGUAAACCAAGAUGCACCACAUACUUGAUGACUCUCUUAAACACUCCGUCUUAGCCCGGUGUAAAUCCCGUCCUUCGUUAACUGUGCGUGUUUCCCCUGCUUUGCGAAACGAAAAGCGCGUUUCCCUCAGACUCACAUUGCUGCAGCUGAAAGUAUAAUCUCUCGCGAGAUUGAGUUGGGAGUUCUCUAGUUCCUUGCCGGAAAACGUCUCUCAUGGUUCAUUCGUUUAAAGUGUAUAUCUUUCUCUCUCUCCGUGUGUGCAAUGAAUGUACAGCGUCCGUUGCCUAUGCAGAUCACUGGGGCUCAUCUGCAUACUGUGGCGGUUGUUUGCCUGGGCCAGGGCCUACUGAACUCCCUUCGCUACUCUCUCGGCGUAUACUACUCGUUUCUCGUGACGUGUAUGUGGCUACGUGUAGUUGUGAAGGAUAGCUGCUAGAUUGCCUGAUUUUCUUUGCUUUUUUUUUAUCGUGAACGCACAAUACGGGUGAUGAGCGAAAUGAUAUGAUAUCGUGAUACCAUGUCGUAGACGACAACAAAACAGGGCAAAUGCCUAAUGCCUGAAUUCAGAUUUGGUUGAUAUUAUAGUAUAUCCAGCGGCGCUCUGGUCUGGGGGUUCACGUACCAAUGCAAGCAGCACAACAUGUUGGCACAAUAUUGGACCAAUACCGGCAAUGUCGGCCCAAUAUUGGUCCAAUAUUGCCCCCGUAUUGCCAAUAUAGGUCGAAUAUUGGGCAAACAUGUUGUGCUGCUUGGGUAAUGACUACUGACUCCAGUAGCAAUGCAUUGUCCUUUGUUUUGACUGAAGAACUUCUGAAAAGUCGUGUCGUAUAAUUAAUUUGUUGACAGGAAUCUCUAGUGACAACCCAAGCAGCAUAACAUCUUGGCCCAAUAUUGGAUCAACAUUAGCAAUACCCGUCCCAAUAUUGGUCCCGUAUUGAACCAAUAUUGAGCGGGUAUUGCUAAUAUUGGUCCAAUAUUGGCGAUAUUGGCCCAAUAUUGGGCUGGCAUUGCCAAUAUUGGUCCAAUAAUGGGCAAAGAUGUUGUGCUGCUUGGGUUGUUGUCGACACGAGGUUGUGCACUCUGUUCCCGAGAACGCGUAAGUUGCACUCUCUAUAUCUUCUGCACCCUAAGUUGCAAUUUGGUUCACUGUAUAGGACUGUGCCUUUGAAAUGGCAUCAGGUUCCAAUGUUUUUUAUUGCGUUGUCACGUUCUGUUCUUUCCCGGUGAGAAAGGUUGUAUAGAAGUGAGAGUUGUAAGAGAGGUUAUAUCAAAGAUAAGUUGAAAAGGGGCAGCGUGCUUCAGUAUUGUGUGUGCGUAUGUGUGUACCACUUGGGUGAACAUGUGUUAUUUUGUAUAUUAUUGUACAUAGCGUGUGACGAACUUGUGCAGUUUUUAAUACCUCAGCAACGCCGUUUGCGUGUUCAUGGCGGGUAAUGUAUAGGAUAUGUGUACGUGUGGUGCGCGUGAUCCGUGUACUUGUGGCGGACAUGUUUAAUCAGCAAAGAACGAGGAGGAAAUGUUGGUAUAUAUCGGUCCUCCUUCUCAUAGUUGGGUAGUCGCCAGUGUUAAGCCACCGUUGUUGUAAUUAUACAUGAAAGGCGAGUGUUAUAUCUGUUAUUAACGUUGACACUCCAGUAUCCACAAAGUGUUGUUUACGUUUAACUCCGCAUGUUGUCCUCUCACUUCAGUUUUUAAUAUCUGAACAGUAGUGCGUAGGCAUUUGUACAGGGUGAACAAAUAUGUAUGCUAUGUACACACGUGUAGGGCUCACGUACUUGAUACAUACACUUUUGAGGAAGGUGGGAAACGAGGUAGCGGUGAUAUUGUAAUAUAUAUGCUGCGCAGCAACUCCGUUGUAGGGGAUAUAAGAAUCAUACUCGAUAUGGAAAAAUCCACAGUAAUCCCUUAGAUCGUUGGUCGGAGGGAUUAGAGGGACUGCUUAUCUGUAAACAUUAAUUAAAGGGGCACCAAAGUGCGAAAAAUCGUCCUCGCGGAAUGAAAGAUCUCCUCAUUGGUCUCCUCACUCGAUCGGCUCAGUCAUCGCGGGUGACUGUUUGGGGAAACCAAUAACAGGCCGCUACGCAUUGGCACGUUUCUGGAGAGGGAGAAAAGGAGGGAAAACGUAAAUUGCGUUGUGUUUUUUUUUUAUCGAUCAUGAAUCACGAACGACGUAAUGGGUGAAUCCCGUUCCUUGUGCAUUGCUAUCCAGGUACCGACAUCUUUGACACCGCGAAGAAUCGUUUUUGCACUUCAGUGCCCCUUUAAUGUACAUUGCGUGCGUUUUUAGCCGUUAAUCUGAAGAGAACAAGUGAAAAGUUCACGCGCCCGUGCCGCGCUUUCACCACCUGACUUAAAAAGCGUACAAUAUCAAUGGAUGCUGUCGCAGAGUAACUAGAGGUAUCAUUACCCAUCAUCAAAUCCAGAGAAAACGUCGAUCAUUUUGCGAACGUUGUGUUAGAGUCUGACACGCAGACCUUUUUGUUUUCGUUCAUUUUCUUAUGCCGUCGUAAUUCCACACAGACGCUGCGAAAAUACCGUAUUCGUUGAAUACUGCUCUUGCGCAGUAGGAACCCCAACUGGCAUGUUGAAAAAUGUUGUAAACGUGUGCUGACUAGAGCAAACUUGUUAUAUCCGUACUGUCCAGCUGUUGACGUACUCUACGUCGUAUACGCACGAAGGUAGAACACGUACGUGCGUAAAAUGAAGCAGACGGAGCAUUCGCGUGAACGUAAGAGAGCGCUUGUUACGAUGAAAGAUAUCGCGUGUGCAAGUAUAACAAAAGCAACCGUUCGAUAACCAUACUCAUCUACCUUAAGAAGUCUUGCCUUGCCUACUGUAAAAUGUGUUUAGCUAUGAGAAGUUCUUACGUCGAAUUCUGAAAUCAACUGGCGUAGUUGUUUUUGCGUGCAAAUCCUCCGCAAUUUAUUUGCAGUCGUUCCAAAUAAAUAAAUAAAAAAGAUGCGCGAUAAAUUAAGUUUAAUUAAAUUGCUCAACCACGUCGUUGCCGUAAUUUCGUACAAGUAUUUUGUUAACAUGAUGUGUGCUUUGAUGGAGUGUAUCAAGUUAUAAUCUUGUUUCGUUAGGCAUAAAAUUUCUUUUCUGUUGUUUCUUACUGGAUGCUAGUCGAAUUUAACAUGAGGAAGACUGACCAGCAAGCCCUAUCAAUGUUAAACCGUUAGAGUGAAAGAAAUAACGAAGUUAUAGAUGUCGAAGAGACCUCUAGAUCUGGCGUGUGCAUCCCCUGGACGUCAUUGACAUCAUUGCAUGGAACGCGCGUCAGUAUGCAUGAUCGGUGUUUAUCAGAGUGAAGUAUUAUGGAAAUCGUAAGUUGCAAUUUGAGAAAACCUGGUCUAAACAGUAAAAUAGAGCAACUGAAAGGAGAUCCUAAUGGAAACGAUACAAAUAAUAUUAUGACGUGUUUGGUUUAUAUCACUUAUAUGAAACGUGAAGGAAGGAUGCAAGUUGCCAGACAACCCAAGAAAAGGCAAGGGCUAGUGUCCAAGUUUGAAUUACAAUGUCUCAUCACCUCUUGAACGCUUAUUCUUGCUUAUAGCUCCCUAAGCAUCGCUUAUAAAGAGCACUAUUGUGCACACCUAGUAACGGACACUUAACCGCAAAGCAUAAUGGCGCAGCGUUGCACGUUCCACUAAAUAUUGCGGUGGUACAAGCGCACAUGUGCAGACGUCAUUGAAGUCAUGGAAUUGUCCCAUCUUAUGUUAUGUGUCCUAUUCUCAGGACUUCUAUAUGUUUCACGCCGAAAAAACGAGUUGACAGCGCUCGUGGUCAGUCCUUUUCUCGUCGGACACAAAAACCGUUACGUGCUUUUGAACGUGAUAUACUAUUAUAUUCUCGCGUAGAGAUUGAGUACAGAGAAGCCGUCUUAAAGGCAAGGUUUACGCGCCCCUUGAAACAUUUCGCUACGUUCCUUUUGACACUGUCAUCUCCUGGUUUAUGCGUGACGUUGGUUUAUGCGUGAGCUACCUCGUACCUGCUAAUGUACUGUAUUCUUAGAUGGCCCGAUAUGUUUCUUACUGCCAGUACCUACGUCCACACUUGCCGAGUUACCUCACGUACAGUGGCCUCUUGUAGUGGGCUGGUAACUAUAGACCUCACGCGAACGACCAUGAGGAAUGAGGGAAGUAUUAGGACGUGGUAAGGGGGCAACGCUCAAAUAUGGCAUGGGCCUCAUUCAAGCCGCAUUUUCGUAAUUCAAUAAGAAACGGAGACGCGUAUGCUUUUUGAAAUCAUGAGAUGGAGACAAAGGCAUACUAGAGAACAAAUUCCUAGAAUUCGUGAGCACCGAGCAACAUGAGAAAGGCUAGAAGAAUAUUGUAAGUGUUUAAAUUUUCCCCCAAAUUUUCUUACUUUUUACGCUGCAGUACACAGUGCAUAAUAUUUUGUAGGGUACUAGCUUUGUGAACGAUAGGCAGCGACAUUUUUUUUUUUUUUUUUAGUGGAGCGAACAAAUUGCAAGAAUUUGUGAGCACCGAGCAACAUGAGAAAGGCUUGAAGAAUAUUGUAAGUGUUUAAAUUUUCCCCAAAAUUUUAUUAUUUUUGUAUGCUGCAGUACACAGUGCAUAAUAUUUUGUAGGGUACUAGCUUUGUGAACAAUAGGCAGCGACAUUUUUUAGUAGUAGAGCGAGGUCUUCGUAUUUAUGUUCUUAUCGACGUGGCCCUCGCACCACACCCCGAGACGGUAUGCUUGUGGAAAUGCCAAACUGCCACGCUGGCCAUUCGUGAUUAUAACAUUAAUGCCUUGGCAUUCAUGAAUCAUGAUCCUGCAGUAACAGGCAUCCUUCUACCAUGUGGCCUACUCAGAGGCUUCUGUAACCUCCCGUACAUCACUGCGUGUUUGCGAGACACGAACCGAGGUCUACAUCACUGACUACACCUGUUCACUUUGGCACGGUGUGUUUCAUUUUUUUCUGGUUCUGUGACACUGAAUUUGACAGCGUAAAUAAAGGUGCGACGUUUAGCAACGCCACCUGGACUUAACAAGGCCUAAUCGACGCGUCGCAAUCACAGUCGUGCGUUCAGCGCCCGUGCCCAUGGGAACGCCCCCGUCCGCUGCAUAGCGUCAGGUUUUUAUGUUUAAAAUCGUCUGCCGCGAUUGGCUGAAGAAGGCGACGGAAAGAGGGAAAGGAAGGAGAGGAAGCAUGCAGCAGGCCUCCUUUGUCCGCGAAGGCGAUGUGAGAUGACUCGGGACAGGUUGUACUUGUGUUGUCUGUUCCUACGCCCACCUCACCCCUUCUCCCACCCAGUUUUCUUCUUCCCAUUUUUUCUUCAUGUUCUUCUGUUUUAACCUCAAUUAACGACGGUAACGUUAGGUAUCCUAUCCUGCAUAUCAGGUGCCGCAUCCGCCAGUAAGACAAGUGUGCUUGUGACGGAAGAUUGUGUGAGAGGCAAUGGUGAGAAGGGGUGCGUUUGUGAAAGGUGAAGGCCGCAAGUGAUACAAAAUUUUUUGCUUCUUGAUUCUCGUCCUGUUUGUACUCUUUUAAGACGCGAUCCGUUUGUUAUUGUAGCCGUAAAUUUCAAAUAUGCUACAUCUUGUCUAGUCAUUUUGGCGUGCUGAUAUCGGCAAAUUAUUUUCAAACUUUUAUUCCACCCGCAAAGACUGGUGGUCUCCUAGUGUUUUAUAACUCACUUUUGAUUGUGCUUUUGUUUGUUGGUUUGUUUGUUUAAUGUUAUUUAUCUUUCGAAACAAUUUGUGUGCUACAUAUCUCUAGCGGUGUUGUAUCCCUAAGAGUCGCUUGCAAUAAUGCAAUUUGUAAAUGUCACUUUGGUCCUCCGUGGUCGUCUUGCAUAUAGUUUCUACAACUUGUUUCUUUUAGAGCGUCUGUAGCGUUCUGGGUUAUCAUAGCUAGCAUUGUUGCCAGAAAGACACAUGGAGCGGGCACAGUUCUCGAAAUAACCUUAUUCGAAGUUUCUUUUCCUACUUUCGUUGUCUCUCUCUCUCUCUCUCUCUCUCUCUCUCUUCAUUCAUUUUUUACGCAUUUGGUAGCCCUCUUCUCGAGUGUAUGCAUAUAUAGGUGUCCUUCCCAAGCUCUGAUUGAUGUAUGCAGUUUACGCUUUCAUCGCAGAGGGUAGCGUUAGAUAGCGCCGCGGUAGACUGCUGUACUGCAUGAGGCACGACUCUAGAUACCAAACAAAUCGGUCAACAAACAACAAUCGGUCAAUCGGUCAACAAACCAGUCACUUCACGAAUCAUGACCAGACAAAUCUUUGUGUUCGGGUUUAGGCGAACUAUUCAUUUUGAUUAAAGUGAGUGACAUUUUUUUUUAACAGUCGAGACAACUGUGUUUACAGGCAAAUGUUUGUUCUUCUAUUUAAACGUAACGUAGUUCUCCGUGUGUCAGCAUUUGACCGCAUUUUAUUUGCAUGAAUGUAUUACUGAUCACAUUCACGACACUCACCUUUCGCUUUAUAUGGUUUACAUGAUCGGAUACUGCUACCACCCAUUAUCGCUAGCUUUAUUUAUAACGAGCAGUUCGGUGUUUUUCAAUGUUCAUGUCGCUGCACCUAUAGUUCCAACAAGUGGAGAACCUUCUAGAUGCUUCUGUGGAUAUUACCCAAAACCUAUAAUACUGAGAAUUUCUCUUUCGAGGCUCAAUGGCAAACGCAAAAACGACUACCCCAGUGGGUUCUCAAACCAACGGCACGUAAAUCUACCGCAUUACGUUUCGACGCCGAAGUAUAGCGAUAGGGCGUCCUGUCAUAAUAUAUCGCACUUAUUGUGAAGGCGUCGUCAUCACUGCCCGCAAUCACAAAUUCGUCCACUCCAUCACCCUGUCAACAACACCUGGACUCGCGUAGGUGUUGCCCGACACUGACUGGGGACCGAAAAUUAUGGUGUAGCCUGCACGAAGCGAAAAUUGGGAUGCUAACGUGGCUGUAUACGAGGACGGGGUAAAAUGACGAUUUUGUUUCAGCGGAUUUAUUUUGUGUCAAGAACGUCACUUCUAUUACAGUUGCCAUCCUUAGAGUAACGUAACUUUCAGCUCCGUCGUCUAAAGGCUCUGUCGAAGGUGUGUUUUGAUUUUUCUGUGAAAAAUAUCGAACUGUAGUGAAUGCGACAUCUACGGCUACAACGUCGGAUUUGCUGAAGCAUUACGUGUUAAAUAACAUGAGGGCUAGACGAGAAGAAAGCGUCCUCUGUGCCAUAUUUGAUGUUGUGUAAUGACCCAUCGCUUUGUAGAAGAAAUGUAUUGAACUCCGCCAGGAAACGCUGUAUAUGCAACUAUGUUAGCUGUCCAUUGUUAUAUUGCGGUGUAUUUUGCUUCUUCAUUUAUGAAUCAUGUAUGCAGAAGCGAAUUAACUGCAAGGCUUAUUAUCGUUUUUAUUCACCUCCAUAAGCGCGUAUCAGAUGUUUACAAGGCUGUAUGUUUCGAUCAGAGAACAUACACUCAGCAAAACUUGUACAUGGAACAGUAAAUCUGUGCUGCGCUAAACGGUGUGUUGUUAUGUAACAGGGUAUUUUAUUCAAUGAGUUCACAUCUGGUGGAGUGUGAUAUGUGAAGAGAAGCGAAUACACACUAUAGUUGUUAUAACUGAGUUUGAACACUUGUCGGUUGGUUGUCUUCCGGUUGUUUCCCCUGUAACAAAGCCCGUAUAUAUCCCCAAUGCAUUUAUACGUAUUGUCCGGCGCUGUUAAAAGAGAGUUGAAUGUAACUGGCCUGUCACAACGCGCUGCCCAAGUAGCAGUGUACCGCUUGUAACAACCAGGUCAACCUUAUAGGCACCUUGCUAUAUGGUGCGUUUGUAUCUACAGUGUACGAAGUUCGCGCGUUGACUUUGUUUCUACCUGGUUCCGUAAGUCUAGUCACGAGCUAAACGAAGAUGUUUAAAAGGGAAAGUUGAUGUAGACAUAUUCCUCGUGCAGUUUCAUAAUGCAGAUGUACUGAUGAACCUGCUCGGACGCAAAGUAUCGCUUCAACCUCCCUUAUCUUCUGCGUCACAAAUAGGCGGUGACGCCAGGCGAGUCUGAAGCAGAUUCUGUCAGGUGCUGUGUGUAGCUCUUAGUGUAGCUCUCCACCGGGGGAGCGAUGUCGUAGAGCAAAAUAUGUAGCAUAAUCAGAAAGUCGUAGAUGUGUAUAUGCCAACAGUGUUUCGAGCCAAAUUCUUUUCCACUUCAGCCAGGUUUCUCCCAAGAGCUUUCGUUUCUUGUUUUCAGACAUAUCGGGACAAUGUAAAACACUCUGUAGAAAAUAAAUUGUAACCCACGUUGCUGUCCCACAGU